UCGGAAAGGAAGUGAAAUUCACGUGACAAGUCACAUGACACAUGCAUUAGACCUCCAAGAUGGCAGCGAUGCGGACGAUCAUCAUCCUUGUAUUAAUAUGUGUUCCAGCACUUUCAAGCGAUGUUCCAGUUUUAUUCUGGUCACCAGACAGACCUUUAAGUGAUCUGCCUCAAGCGUCUUCUGGAAACAACAUCCCAGAAGAUAUUUUUCUCCAGAAAUACCUAACGCCACUGACAGGAAAAGACAAACAAGUGAUCAUAGCAUUUCUUCAGGACAAAUUGCACAUCAAUGAUAUUUCCAAGUAUGCAGAUGUAUACAACCCAGCAAGUAAUGGUGGUGCAUUCAGGAAUAUUAAGGGCUUCCUGGAUUCUCAUUUUUCUCUGGAGCUGCCUCAUGUGCUUCAUUCGCAUAAAGCUUUGGAGUCAAUGAGCCAUCAUUUCCCAGGAGCAGUUCACAGAAUUUCCUCUCCAGCUGAUUUGGCUAACCUUGACCUCAGCAUCCCACAGCACUACUUGCUUGUUGUACAGUUGGAGUCGGUGGCUGCAGCAAAGGAUCCAAGAUCAACAAUAGCUGCCAAUGAUGAAAUGAUUGGCAAAAUGGCUCAAGAUCUGAAAGAUAGAGGGAUCCAGUACACAGCACUGUAUACAGCAGAGACAUCACAAGAGAAGCUACAGGAAGAGGCACACACUGGACGUCGGCUUUUGCAGACAGCAUCAAAUACCUUGACAUCUGGAUUUUUCUACAACAUGUCCUACAUUGGCCCUAACAAUGGGAGCAGCACUUUGUUUGCCUACUUGAAGUCAAUUUGGGUCUGCAUGUACUCUUCUUGGGACAGGAACCAUCAGCCAGAGUUCUGUCCAUACAAUUUCACACUUUCUCAGUUCAAGGCCGAGGAUUUUUCUGUAGAAUGGAAUGAUAAUUCAUCAAGUGUGAUAUUUACUAUGGAAUUCAGAGAUGUGGUGUACAAUGUGUCACUUGAGUACUACAACAUCACAAUCAUGUUGCCUAUGAAAAUUGAUAUAGAUCGUUAUAUCUUUGGAGAUGCAACUCUGUCUGUGAUUGGCCCUAAUAUUUCAAUGGUUAAUGAGGUGAUGGCUACAGAUGGUUACGACAGCAUUGUUUCAAUCUUGUAUUCAUACCACUGCACGGAAAUGGUUUUCCGUGGUGCCGACGUCAACAAUGCAUCCAUCCCGUAUGGGCGAUUUGUCCUCCAUGGCUUUCAGAUCCAGCCAAAUGUAACAACACAUGUCUUUUCGCUGUCUCAGGAUUGUGUUGGAUGGAUGACAACAGCCAUAUGGAUGGCACUGUUUCCUCUUCUGAUAUGUAUAAUCAUUCUAUACUUUGGCUUGUACAUGAUCUUGUCACUCUCAACCAAUGACCGCUUUGAUGAUCCAAAGGGCAAGCAGCUUGUCAUAAAUGCUCAAGAGUAAAACCCAUGGCAUGUCAACCAGGUGGUCUCUAGAAACCUUCACAUUCACUGAGACCAUGAAACAACAGCUGCUAGGUUCCACUGAUGAUCGCUAUUUGUCACUUGUUCCUGUGACCUCUGACAAAUGGAAUAUGAAGAUGUUACUGCUGGCUUUGUUGCAGGAUGUUAUGAUCUUUGGAAAGUAUUGCCAUGGAUUUAU